AUGGGAACAGCGUAUGUAAGACCCCGGGACAGGAAAAACUUGAAUAUGUUCAAGGUGCUGGAAGGACAAGAGCAGUCACCCGAGAUUCAGUUGGAGCCGCUGGAGUGGGUCGUGCAGGGCUAUCCACCAGACCUGGAGGGUACCUCGGUCGUGGGGGACAAGGAAGGCUUCAAAGCCCAGGAGGACACAAGUCCAUGUCCUGGAAGGACCAGCCAGGAAGGUGGAGGCAAGCCCCUGGCUGCUGGGCCAGAGGAGGAACUGCUGCAGAGUCCAGCCCCCCACACUCGGGAUGCCCCAAGUGAGGAACUGUCCCCCUCCCGCCCGGUCGCUGGGGAGAAGCUGCCGUCAGAGGCCCCUGGAGAACCAGCUGGGGCAGAUACUGGGAGGGUGAGCCAGCCAUCUGGCUCUGGGACUCUCCACAAAGACACAGUUAUGGCCCCACCUAGACCCCAGCCUCCCGGGGAAGGCUGUUCCUUCCCAGUGAGGGAGGCAAAGCCAGGGAAGAGGUCCUACUCUCCAGCCUCCAGUAAGCAGAAAACGCCCAGUGUCGGGGGUCUGGCCUCCGCAUCAUCUCCUGGUGUCAUUAACUUGGCCCAUGCCACACACAACCUAGUGCCUUGCGGGUCAGGCCGGGGGCCCUGCCAUCUGGCCAACCUCCUCAGCACACUGGCUCAGAACAGCCAAAACACAGAUCAGAAGAGGACCCCGGAAGUGACCUGCCAAGUUCGGAAAAAGACUCGGACCCUAUACCGCUCAGACCAGCUGGAGGAGCUAGAAAGGAUCUUUCAAGAAGACCACUACCCAGACAGCGAUAAGCGCCGGGAGAUUGCCCAGACGGUGGGAGUCACCCCCCAACGAAUCAUGGUAAAGGGGGUUGGCCAACGGGUCUCAGGGUGGAGGAGAAACCACCAACUGGAACUCCUGAGCACAGCAAGUGCUCAGCAUCUCCCUUUAGGGGCCGAGGUGUGGUUCCAGAAUCGCCGGGCAAAGUGGCGAAAAGUGGAGAAGCUUAAUGGGAAGGAGAACAAGGGCAGUCCUGCAGGCCCUGCCCCUACCCCUGCCAGCAGUCAGUGCAGCUCAGCAACUGAGCUGCCACCUUCUAUGUCCCUGGCACCAGAGCCUGGAACCUUCCCUCAGGAGCCCCCUCUAGAUACUCUUACAGAGCCCCCCAUGCUGCUGACCUCUGACCAGACUCUGGCCCCAACCCAACAAAGUGAGAAUACUCAAAGGGUGGCAGUGACCCCACCACUCUUCAGCCCCCCACCUGUUCGAAGAGUCAACCUUCCUUUUCCCCUGGGCCCUGUCCCUACCCCCCAAACGAUGCCUCUGCUGCUGGAUACUCCUGGCAGUGACAACAGUCACAAAGAUGGCCCCUGUGGGUCCUGGGGGACAAGUGUCACCCCACCAUCCACCUGUUCAUACUUGGAAGAACUGGAACCCCAGGAUUACCAGCAGAGCCCCCAGCCAGGGCCAUUCCCGUUCUCCCAGGCUCCACAGAGCCAGCUUUACCAACCACCUCAGCCUCAGUUUUCCUACCUGCAUCCCUUCCCCUUCCCCACACCCCACUCCCUGAUGCCUCCGCUGCUGGAUGACUCCCUCUUCACAUCGCCUUACGGCCCCAGCACGGGUCCCUCUCAGGGCUACUUCCCCGGCCCCCCAACAGGGCAGAUGGUGCUGCAGCCACCUGCUGGGAACGUGGGUAUGGCCCCCUGGAAUGACCUCUGCUUGCCAGAACUGCCUUUCUCUGGUCCCUUCUGUCCACAAGCCCUGGGGCAGCCCCCCGGAGGUGAUAGCUUCUUCCCAGAUCUGCUCCCAGCCCCCUACGCUCCGGCUGUGAGCAGGCAGCCUUCACCAGGUGCCGCCCAGCUGCCCGAAGCGGCCAGACCAGGAACGGGGCCCUUCCUUGGCAAGGUCCAAGAGGAGCAGCCUGCCACCUCUGCGGAGGAGCCCUCAGUGCCCCAGGAGGUCCGAGAGGAAGACAAGAACAGCUGUGGCCCCUAG